UUUUGUUUUUUAAAGUGAUACAUGUACUUCAAAAUUACAAAAUAUAUUUGUUAUAUGUUUAUGUUUUUGUCCGGUUAAAAGGAUUGUAUUACAUGUAAUAUCUUAAAUUUCAAGGCAAUCGUUGUCGUGGCAUUACAUAGAAUAUGGAAGUCAGUAGAUAUGUUUCCAGAUGGACAACAGGAGAACAGCGAAUUAUCACGGCUCUUCUUUAUUUCAUGUUUAUGCAAGGACUGGUACGGUCUGAGUUCACUGUGAACGUAGCGUCUCAGUCCACAUGGGUAAAUCAUGGUGAUAAUUACACGGCGAGCUGCAAUGUCCCCGGUCUAGAUUCUCUUGAAUAUAUCAAAAAACUCAGGGUCGAGUGGUUCCACAACGGUCAACAACUCACCAGUCUGUGUGAUUUUGUGUCACCUGAACUCAACCAGAAUUAUAGCUGCCAAAUUUUGGCACCAAAGUCGAACAAUAUCAGUUUGUUACUCACAGUAAAAAAUGUUCAGAAGUCGGAUGUAGGGAACCUGACCUGUAAGGUGUAUGAGAAGAUCAUGGAGAAUGACAAGUCGGUCAGGGAUGAAUUGGUUGGUGUGAAGUCUGUGCCUAUACAAAUCACAGAUAACAAGAAAAAAGAAUACAGCAACUCGGUAGCAGCGCUGCAGACAUUUCUUGCAUUAAUAUAUUCUAUCAUUGUCGCUGCUAUUUUGUUAUAAAUACAGUGAUUGGGCAAAUUAUGUAUUGUACGUCCGCAUCACUUAUUAUCAAACUUUAUAUCUUGAAAGCAAAGCUUUUUUGGUAUUUUUUGCCCAGUCAAGUUUGAGAUAAAGGAAUAAACUUGCAUAUUCAAUUUGAAA